UUGUGCCUCUCCGCAAUUGACGAACACAGAGUUAUAAGGGAUCAUGGCGGACUCUACCGACAUUGUCGUGCAAGCUGCUCAACGCUUCCUCGCAUCUCUAACGCCGAAGGAGAGCAGCACCCUCCACGACCCAAGAUCCCCCCGAGGCUCUGAAAGACGCCCAAGAACUGUGUUCUAAGCGUAAUGCCAAAAUACACUCCUCCUGUUGGAAGCAAAUAAAGUCUUUCAGCGAUAAACUCGACCCUUACAUGAAAGGAUUUGACAUGAUUGUUCAAUCUCAUCCAGAGUGCGCAGCAAUUGUCUGCGGCGCUCUCAAACUUGUCCUCAUACUCGCACAUUGUUACGUCACGUUCUUCGAAAAACUCGCUGAAUUCUUGGAACGUCUUGCCCUUGAGAUGCCGUCCUAUGAGAGGAUUCUGGCCAAUCCUUCUUGGAACGUUUCUGUAUCGCUUAAGGCAUCUAUGCAAGAGCUGUACGUGGCCAUAUUCGACUUCUUUCAGGCAGUACUUGGGGUCUUCCGAAAAUCUAGCGGCGGACUUAAGAGGACUCCCAAGAUUAUUGUGGAUAUUCUGCGGCGUCCAUUCGAUGUCAGAUUUCGAGAUAUCAUCUACCGGUUCCAACUUCAUCGAGACAUCGUUUUCAUGGAAUUAGAACUUCUCGAAGCUGAAGAGGCUACUAAAGACAGGCGUGCGUCCGCUGACGACCGUGAGGCAGCCGCGGAACAUCGGAAAGAGGCCAAACAGUAUGAAAGAGAUGCACAGCGCACGAGACAGCAGCUGCUUGACCUCAUGGAGCAAACCAUGAGACUGAGCGAGCAACACGCAAGGGACAACAAGCUGGGACGCAUUCGUAAAUGGAUAAACCCUUCAUCGUUCUCCGAUGAUCUUGAAAAAGCCCAGGAAAUGCGCGAAAAAAGGACCAACGAGUGGUUUUGGGACACUCCCUUCUCCAAGAGUUGGAAGCAAUCCUCAGAGUCUACAAGAACAGGCAGCCGCCACUUUUCUGCUAACGUGGCAUGGGUCCGUGGUAAGUCUUCUUAAAAACCGGAUUGCUUUUAAGGUUCCGGUAAGCGCUCACUAAGCCCAGGUAAUC